GCCAUGCUUAGGGAGGCUGUCAGUAGAGGAGCUGCAAGAGGGGAACCUCGGGAGUUUGACUGCGGCGGAAGCUGCAGGCAGCACCAGCUUUCUUCGAGCGCCGCGUACUCGCCGCCUCCUUUUGCAAGUCGGCUGGAGGACUUGCAAGGAAAGGGGAAAGAGCUCCCUCUAGAAGGGUUCCAAAAGAAAGACGGCACUUUCACUAGUCCACAGACCCGCCAGUUCAGGCUCCCAGCAUGGCCAAACACGUUUUUCUCACGGGACUACCAGGAAUUGGAAAAACCACAUUGAUCCAGAAAACCCUUGAAGUUUUAAAAUCAUCAGUUGUCUCUAUUGAUGGAUUUUACACAGAAGAAGUGAGAGAAGGUGGCCGGAGAAUAGGAUUUGAUGUUGUCACUCUAAGUGGAAGAAGAGGAGUUUUGUCUAGGAUUGGAUCUAGCCCUUCAGUGGCAGGGCAUGAAUACCGUGUUGGCCAAUAUGUAGUAGACUUAGUUUCAUUUGAACAGUUGGUUCUUCCUUUGCUGAGACAUGCUGAUCUUGACAGCAGUGGAGUGAAAAAAGUCUGUGUAAUUGAUGAGAUUGGUAAAAUGGAGCUCUUCAGCCAGUCCUUUAUUCAAGCUGUCCAUCAAAUUCUGAGUGGCUCAGGAACUGUGAUUCUUGGAACGAUUCCAGUGCCUAAAGGAAAGCCUCUGAGGCUUGUGGAAGAGAUCAGAAAUAGAGAGGAUGUGAAGGUCUUCAGUAUUACAAGGGAGAACAGAGACAGUGUGUUGCAAGAUGUUGUGACAGCUGUGAAGAAUUGCCUAAAAGGAGAAGUUUGUUAAAAUCAUACCAUCUCAUGAACUCUUGACAGCUCAGCACACUUCCUCUUGAUUUCAUGGGACUUCGUUGACUUUGACUAUGCAGAUAUGAGCAGUGCUAUUUUACAUCUACCUGCUAUUGCUUUCUGAUUAAUAUUUAUUGUUAAUAGAUAAAAUAAUUCACAAAUACAAGACAAUUAAUCUUGGGCUGUGAAAUGAGUUUCUUAGAUUAUUCUCUGAAUUAUAUACUUAAUGAAAAUCCAGGUUGGUGAAAGAGCGAGCUUCCAUUUCAUCACAGUAGAGUUUGACUCAGACCUUUUCCCCAAAUAGCGGGUAACAUUUCCCAAACAUUUCAUAUUGGGUUGGAUAUUACUGCUUCUCCAGCAGAAGAGCUCUUCUUCCGCUGGAAUGCUCUGUAAUUACCCAAGUGAUAGGAUCCAUUCUGUUGUCUCUGACACAUCACAAACACAAAACACGGUUCAUAUGUGUGGAGUGUGUUUGCUGAGAUUGUUCAUGAAAUGCUUUUCGUCACAAAUCUUGGUAAUUAAUGGUAGACAGACAAAUCAGUUUUAUUUUCUGUUGAGCUAAGUACAGUGCAAAGGAUAGGGGCCCCAGAAGCCAGGGGCUCUGCAUUUUUCUGGUGUCCUUUUUAGGUUGAUGUUUCAAAGAAAUUGGCCUAACUUUAUUUUGCUCAUGUGGGGUCACAAGGAUUCAAGUUUUUCAGUGAUCCUUUUUUACUCUGUUUGCUUUUUAUUUCUGUUGGCAUUUCCUAUAUUUCCAUUGAUUUGUACUGGAAGAUAUUUCCUAUACAUAAAUGGAUCUUUUCCUGUGA